CGUCCAUCUCCUGUCUGUUCCCCUGUCUGUCCCCUUUCCAUCCCCUGUCUUUGUUUGCUCACGGAAUUGGCAGCGGCUGCGGCCCGGGGGGGUCACCGGGGGGUCCCCGCCUGGGCCCGGCUCUGACGUCCGUCCCUGGCCGCUGCCUGGUGGCCGCUGUGUCCCCAGGGCCGCCGUGUCACCCCCGCAGCCCGGUGACAGUGACAGUGCGGGGCUUUGGGGGGACACAGGCGCCCCGUGUGCGUCACUGCGUGUUUGGGGGUGUCCGGGGUGGGUUAUAAAGCCGAGCUGGCACAUCCCGGAGCAUCCAGGGGAUGCAGAACAUGGAGAACGCUCUGCUGUGCCUGCUCUGCCUGCUGGGCUCCGGCCUCAUCCUGCUCGGCACCCCCGAACCGGUACCGGAGCUCCGGCCCGGACUGAGCCCGCCCGGGCACGGCCGGGAGGAGCCGGAGCUGGCAGAGGCGCUCCGGGAGGUUCUGGCCGAGCUGGGGACGCGGGAGCCGCUGGCGCUGGAGAAGAGGCUGAGCUGGGUGCCCUGGUGCGAGCGCUGGCAGUCGUGCGCGGUGCGGCGCGGGGCGCGCAUCGGGAAACGCUGCAGCUGCCCCCCCGGCACCUCCUGCAACCUCUCCAACCUCAAGUGCUCCUGAGCGAGCGGGGACAGCGGGGGACAGCGGGGGACACCAGCUGCCACCCGCCCGCGACCCGGGAUGGACCCGCACGGCACCGCCCGAGCCCCGGCCCGUGGGGCUGGCGGUGUCCAGGGACACAUUAAACCAUUGGAUCCAC